AUGUCUUCAAUGGAAAUAUCCAUGUCUUGCAAAUUUUGUCUUGACGAACUCGAUGUAGAUGAUGUUGAAAAUCACGGAUGUUUUCUUGGGCGGAUUGACGACGUCCGAGCUGAUGAAAACGGAGUAUUAUUCUUGUUGGACUCCAGUAACAAUGAAGCUGAGCUUUCAGUACCUACUAGUAAUACUGAUUCUCCAAAGAACUUUGAUGAGCUAUUAAUUACUGAGGUACAGAAAUAUCCAGCAUUGUACGAUCACCGGAUACCGAUUGAGCAACGAAGUCGUGCUAAACGCGAUAGCUGUUGGCGAAAAAUAUAUGUGAAUCUUCAAGACCUGCAAAAAAAAUGGAAAAAUGAGCGCGAUAAAUAUAUAAAGGCUAAGAAAGAAGAUCAAAAAUACGUACCAAGUGGAUCAGCUGCACAGAUAAAAAAGCCACCCGCUUACAGAAAUUAUGCUCUGAUGCGUUUUCUAGAUGACAUCAUAAAAAACAAAGAUACUACAUGCAACGUUCAGCUUCCUCCAUUAAGUGACCAGACUAUGGAACACAGUAAUCCAUACGAUAGCUCAAAUCCAGCUUCAUGCAGCCCUAGCUCCAGCGUUUGCAGUGCCAGCAGCCUUAUUGCAAACAAGUCAAAAAUUAAAAAGAGAAGAAGGGCGUCCAGCGAUAUUGAAGAAGCAUUGUUGGGGGCGAUUCGGCAACCGAUACAAAUGCCACCACCCCCAGUACCAUUGGAACUCACACCGCCACCUACACCACCCAUACACGUCACAGAGAUUGAAAGCUUCUGUAGAAGAUUGGCGGCUAGCUUACAGAGACUGGAUCAGAUAAAUCCCUCUGUUCGUGUAGAAGCAGAAAUAGAACUGCUACGAGUAUUAUUCCAAUGGGAAUACGGAACCAAACAAAAAACGAAUUAA